AUGGCUUCGGGGAACCACAGCACCAUCACUAAAUUCUUUCUCCUUGGGCUGUCUCCUGACUUCCACAUCCAGGCUGUGCUCUUUGUGUUGUUCCUAGAGAUUCACUUCCUGACCAUAAUGGGGAACUUUAUGAUGGUGCUGGUGAUCAGGGCUGAUUCUCACCUCCACACGCCCAUGUAUUUCUUCCUGAGUCAUCUCUUUUUCCUGGAUCUUUGUUUAUCCUCAGUCACUGUGCCCAAGAUGCUGAAGGACCUCCUGUCUGAGACAAAAACCAUCUCAGUAAAGGGCUGCCUGGUUCAAGGCUUCUUUGUGUUUAUUACUGUAGGGACUGAAGGCUGUCUGCUCUCAGUGAUGGUCUAUGACCGCUAUGCCACCAUCUGCCACUUUCUAUUCUAUGCACAGAUGAUGAAGAAACAGCUGUGUGUGCAGCUUGUGUGGGGCUCAUGGGGUUUGGGUGCUUUAAGCACAUUUAUUAACACCCUUCUAGCUGCCAACUUGCACUUCUGUGAGAAUCAUACCAUUAGCCGCUAUAGCUGUGAGGUGCCCUCUCUCUUGUCUCUGUCCUGCUCUGAUGUCUCCACCAACCUCAUAGUCCUGCUUUGCUCCAGCCUGAUGCAUGGGUUUGGGACCCUCCUCCCAACAGUCUCCUCCUAUGCUCGUAUAGUCUCCACCAUCCUGAGCAUCAGCUCCACCGCAGGCAGAAGCAAGGUCUUCUCCACCUGCUCCACCCACCUCACCGCAGUGAGUUUCUUCUUUGGCUCAGGGUUUCUCUGCUACCUCAUGCCAACUUCAGGAUCCCCUCUGGAGUUGAUCUUUUCUGUGCAGUAUGGUGUGGUCACUCCCAUGCUGAUCCUCUUGUCUACAGCCUGA